CGGUGCCGUGUGUGAAGCAACAAUGCAGCCGACAAGGGGGAGUUUCUUCUUGCAAUGCGCAUGCAAUCCCUUCAAAAAUUCCCGGUGACUUCAGAUCCAAGGAGGUGGUGAUAUUCAUAGGAGCACGAUUCAAACUCUCUCACUUGGAGUAGGAGACCAGCUUCAGCAGCCCUGGAGCCAGCGCGCUGCUCUCUUUACUCCUCUUUUCUUGUUUAACAUAAACUAAAACAGAUGGAUUAAUGUUUGCUUAAAAUAACACGUUUUUUUUGUAUGUCAGCGCUGGAAGGAGAAACGCUUAGAGUUUCUCACUUUGGACUGAAGUUAGGUGCUGAUUUGACAACCUGAAGACAUUCUGCGUAAUAAGUCUUACCUGGGCAUUAUGAAGAGGUAUCCAGGCUUUUUUCAUUCUUGGGAGAGGAUGCCUUCUUGCUGAACUCUUGUCCUAAUCGCGGAUUUUUUUUGAUUUUUUUUCAUUUGCUAAUAUUUUAGUGGCUCUCGAUUAAAGUGUAACGCGAUCUGCCCUUUUACGCGGUAGUUUCAAAACUUUGCAUGCCCAAAAUGGACCGUGCAGGAUUUGCUCUUUUAAUGGUUUUGACUGUUGCACUGGUGCGAAUUGGUGACAGCCAAAAGGACACAACAGGUGGGAGGAAAGAGGGUGCAGGGGCAGCCCGGGCGGACUGGGACCAGCAGCAGCAGCAGCAGUCCCGGGUGAGGAGUCAAGGUCACUCGCCACGGGGACCAGAGGACGGCGCAUCCUCCAGACGCUCCGGUGAAACUUCUCCUGCUUCCAGCCACUCAAAGACUCCGGUCCGCCUGCCCAGGGGCACAUCAUCCCAAGGGCAUAUAUCCAUAGCAGGACCGGUUAAUGCUGCAGGCGCCUCCAGGGAAGACCUCAUCUCUGCGCCGCGGGAUGGUGCGUUGCGCACCGCCAGGCACCCGUCAGGCCAGCAGCACAGAACCAAAGUGAACCGCAGGCAGAGCAGCAAGCCCAGCUCUGCCAGCACAAGGAGACUUGUUGGGCCUAAUGUCUGUGGAGGUCAGCAGUGCUGCUCAGGCUGGGCUUUGGCACCAGGAACCAAUCGUUGCAUAAAACCUGACUGCCAGCCCCCCUGUCAGAACCGUGGCUCCUGCAGCCGGCCACAUACCUGUGUGUGUCGCUCAGGCUUCCAGGGGCCCCGCUGUGAGGAAGUGGCUCCUGAGCAAGUGUACAUCCGUGAUGGAGGCGGCCUGAGGCGUGUACAACCCGGGACCAACCCUUUCCAGAGAGACCAACCACGGAGAAGGCCCUCAGAAAGGCAGGCCAUCGAUACCGCCAAGGUCCAACCCCCACGACCUGCGACCACCAGACAGCCUGUACACACUGUGACCCAAGUGAGACGGGGACCCCCUGACUCCUCCCCUCAGCAGACUGGGACCUCCCGCACUGUGAAACGUUAUCCAUCAUCCUCUGGGCCUAUUACUUCCAAUGCUCUACCCAGUGGCAACGGUUACGCUAACGGCCGCGGCAAUGAGCACAGGAACUGGCACGGACACAGAAAUGGACAUAGCAGUGUGCACUCCUUUAACACUCACAGGCCUACCAGUGACAGCCAGCUACAGGGACAGUUCAACAAUGCAUUAUUGCCAGCAGGGGCGAACCUCACAGCCAACCUGGACCGCAUCAAGAUCGUCUUCACUCCCAUGCUGUGCCGCAGGGUGUGCAGCGGCGGGCGCUGCUACAACAGCUGUGAGAAGGGAGACAUCACCACAGUCUACAGUGAGACCUCGCAGCAGCAGCAGCAGCAGCAGCAGCAGCAGCAUCAGCAGCCAAAGAACCAGGGCUUCCGACUCUUCUUCUGCCAGAUACCCUGUCUUAAUGGAGGCCGCUGCAUCGGCAGGGACCUGUGCUGGUGUCCAUCUAACUCAACAGGGAAGUUUUGCCACCUGCCAGCACCGCCUCCCGCCAGACCCACCCCUCACAGCCACAGGAAUGCCAGCCACCAGGGACCAAAAUCUCCCUUUCACUCCAUGUACACUCUACCUCUGUCCAAUCAACAAGUUUCUCUCCACCCAUCCUUGGUGAACGUCCACAUUCAGCACCCUCCAGAGGCCGAAGUCCACGUCCAUCAAGUAGCUCGGGUCCAGCCUGGGCAGAGACCGGCCACCACAGAGGGGGCUCACUCUGUCCAGCAGCGCUCCCAGCCUGGGAAUGGACAUGAACACACCAAUGAGCACAAUGGCAGACACCCACACAACAAUGGCAAUGGUAAUGGUAAUGGCUACACCAGACCACACCACCAUCAGAACGGACAUGUGGGAAGGUGCUUUCAGGAAACAGUCGAUGGACAGUGUGGCAAGCCUCUGCCAGGCCUAACCAAACAGGAUGAUUGCUGUGGAAGUGUGGGUGCCUCCUGGGGUCUAAACAAGUGCCAAAAGUGUCCAACCAAACCAGCAUAUGCAGUAAUUGCAAACGGACAAGUGGAAUGUCCAAAAGGUUUUAAAAGGAUGAAUCUCACACACUGUCAAGACAUCAAUGAGUGCCUGUUUCCUGGGAUCUGUAAGGAUGCGGAAUGUCUCAACACCAAAGGAAGCUACAGGUGCAUGUGUAAACUAGGCUUCAUGUUCGACUCUGAAAGCAGGCACUGUGUCUCGGACAAGGCUGUGUCUGUCCAGAGGGCAUUCUGCUACCGAUCAGUGUCAGCGGGCACAUGCUCUCUGCCGCUUGCUCAACACAUCACCAAGCAGAUCUGCUGCUGCAGCCGAGUGGGCAAGGCCUGGGGAGCUGGAUGCAAUCGCUGUCCUUUGCCGGGAUCAGAUCAUUUCAAGGAGAUCUGUCCAGCUGGUCAUGGAUAUACCUACUCAGCUUCUGAUGUACAGAUUACUCUCAGACGGCUGGGAGAAGAUGAUCUGCAGAGCACAAGAGUGUCAUGGGAGGAGCAGAGCCCCAGUUACCCUCAACCUCCAUCCUCCCACCCCUCAUUGCUGCUGCCUAUCAGGCCACAGCACCCCAGCUACCCACAGACGCCACAAGUACCCCAAUACCCUGAGUACCCUGAGACACCACAAUCACCCCGGGACCCUCUGACCCCACAGCAGCCUCUCCAUCCCUCUCAGCCAGCUAGAGAGACACCCAAACAGCCGGAAGAUGUGGAAAUUCUGAGACCGCCAGCUGUUGUGACUGACUCACCACUGAAAUAUCCAGAGACUUCUCCAGACUCCUCUAUCGUCAACCAGAGUCCAGAUUCAAAGGACACAACCCACACAGACUCAGCCACAGGUAUUGACAAGUGUGCCACGACCCCUACCAUAUGUGGCCGUGGGAAAUGUAUUCCUGUGCAGACGGGCUACACCUGCCACUGCGAGCCAGGAUUCAGACUCAACGCACUGCAGACCAACUGCAUUGAUGUAAAUGAGUGUGACGCGGACCCAUGUGAAGGGAAGGGCCACUGUAUAAACAGCUUCGGCUCCUACACCUGUCAGUGCCACAGUGGCUACAGCCAGGUGAUCACCCAGAACAGGAAGUUCUGUCAAGACAUUAAUGAGUGCAGCAUGCCCAACAAGUGCCAGAAUGGCAAAUGCGUCAACACAGAAGGAUCUUACACCUGUGAAUGCAACGAUGGCUACGCCAAGUCUCGGAGAGGCCUAUGCGAAGAUGUAGAUGAGUGCAGAGAUCCCAGCUCCUGUCCCGACGGUGUCUGCGUCAACACUGUCGGCUCCUUCCAGUGCCAGGGCUGCGGCCCAGGGUUCAGGCCAGUUGGUGACAGAUGUGUGGAUGUAAACGAGUGCUUGAACCAAACAAUGUGCGGCCGUGGUAGGUGUGUCAACACCGAGGGCUCCUAUAGGUGCAACUGUUUCCAAGGAUACGAACUCUCACCGGACAAUAUUUGCCAAGAUGUGGAUGAGUGCUCGCUCCCUGAAGUCUGUCUCCACGGCCGCUGUGUCAAUCUGGAUGGCACCCACAAGUGCACCUGUAACCAUGGUUACCAAAUCACCUCAGACAGCAAAUACUGUGAAGAUGUCGACGAGUGUGCAACCGGUAAUGCAUGCCCCGCGGGAAUUUGCAUCAACUCUGUAGGGUCCUACAUUUGCCAGAACUGCAGUCCUGGGUUUGGACCGUCUGCUGAUGGACUGAAAUGUGAAGAUGUGGAUGAGUGUGCCCAGGGUGACUUGUGUCUUGGUGGCGUGUGUGCCAACACAGAGGGAUCCUACACCUGCACCAGAUGUAAGGCUGGCUACAGAGUGUCUCAAGACCGGCAGAGGUGUGAAGAUAUUGAUGAGUGCCAGUCCCUGUCUACCUGUGCCAACGGGAUCUGUCUGAACUCGGAAGGCUCUUACACCUGUGAGAACUGCCCCACUGGGUACAGAGUAUCGUAUGACGGGGAACUCUGUGAAGAUAUUGAUGAGUGCGCGCUGCCCACUACAUGCCCCCAGGGAACAUGUACAAACACAGAAGGUUCCUUUACAUGUAUCAUCUGUCAGCCUGGUUUCAGAGUCUCUGAGGAUGGACAAGAGUGUGAUGAUGUUGAUGAGUGCUUGGUGGCUAAUGUGUGCCCGGGCCAGCUGUGCUUGAACAGCCCAGGAUCGUACACCUGCAGGAGCUGUGGAGCCGGCAUGCAACUGUCUGAGGAUGGUUACGGCUGUGAAGACAUUGACGAGUGCCAGACCCCAGGUGUGUGCCCCACGGGUGUGUGCACCAACACAGAAGGCUCCUUCUCCUGCAAGGCCUGUUACCCAGGCUUCACAGUGGCACCUAACAGGCUCUCAUGUGAAGAUGUGAAUGAAUGUGAGGACAACAGCCUGUGUCUGGGAGGUCAGUGCACCAACAACAUCGGCUCCUACAGCUGCUCCUGCCCCGAUGGGCUGGAGCUGGUGGAUGGGACGUCCUGCAGAGAUAUCAAUGAGUGUUUAACCAUCUUCGGGAUCUGUGGAGAGGGAGACUGUCUGAACACUGAAGGCUCCUACAUGUGCAUUUGUCCUGAUGGGUAUACCACCAUGGAAGGAAGGACCGGCUGCCAAGAUGUGGAUGAAUGCAGUAAAGACAAUGUGUGCAUCCAGGGCCGGUGUCUCAACACUGAUGGUUCCUUCUUGUGCUUGUGUGGGGCUGGCUACAAGUUCAACGCUGACACGGCUGACUGUGAAGACCAGAAUGAGUGCAAGGAGUUUGGAAGCUCAGUGUGUGGUACCUGGCGCUGCGAGAACACCCUCGGCUCCUAUCGGUGCUUCAUGGGCUGCCAGCCUGGCCUCGAGGGAGAGGACACCACAGACUGUGAUAUUGAUGAGUGUGUCAAUGAAACCAUCUGUGGGAACCACGGCUUCUGCGAGAACACAGAUGGCUCCUUCCGCUGCCAGUGUGACCAAGGCUACGCCAACCCACCAGGAGAUAUGAGCAAAUGUGUUGAUAUGAACGAGUGCGAGAUGAGCCAGGCGCUGUGCGGGGAGGCCCUGUGUGAGAACGUCGAUGGCAGCUUCCUGUGCAUCUGCCCCAACGACAAUGAGGAAUUUGAUCCCAUCACCAGCCAGUGCCGCUCCCUGGCUACAGCUGAUAGUUCCCCGAAACCCGCUACUCGACUCCUCCCGUCCACUCACUCAGCUGAGGAGAGGAAAGAGUGUUACUAUAACUUGAAUGGCGCCAACUUCUGCGACAACGUCUUGUCUCGAAACGUCACCAAGCAGGAGUGCUGCUGCACGGUGGGGGCAGGCUGGGGGGACAACUGCGAGAUCCACACCUGUCCUAUCCCAGGAAGAGAUGAUUACAAACAGUUGUGUCCUCAUGGCAGUGGAUUGUUAUCCUUGCCAGUUUCCUCCGAACAAAGUCUGAGCGACCACACAGAUGCAAAUGAGUGUGAGAUGUUUGGAUCAGACAUUUGUAAGAACGGACAGUGCACAAAUUUCUUCGCUGCCUAUACCUGCUACUGUCGCAGUGGCUUCUACUAUGACAACAUCCGGCUUGAGUGUGUGGAUUAUGAUGAGUGUGGAUUUGGAAAUGACUGUGAGGAUGGAACGUGUGUGAACACGGCCGGGUCUUUCCACUGUUUCUGCAGCCCUCCGUUAGUCCUGGACAGCACACGGCGGCGCUGCAUCAGCCUCAACACCACAGAAGAAACUCUAGAGCCUGAUCACGAUGUGCACAUGGAUAUUUGCUGGCAGCGUCUGGAGGGGCACAACAUGUGUUCGGAACCUCUCCAGAACCGCAGAACUACAUACACUGAAUGCUGCUGCCUGUACGGCAUCGCCUGGAGUGGACAGUGUGCCUUCUGUCCCAGGAAAGACUCUGAGGACUACGCAAUAAUGUGCAACCUGGCUCGGAGAGGAGGUUCAGACAGUCUGCGAGAGCGGCCAGGAUAUGAGUACAGUCUUGAGGGCCCAGAGGAUCCUGCGGGGCCUUUUGCUCAUCCAUACUUUGACAGUUAUGGCAACCCUGCAGCACCCUAUGACAUUCCUGAGAGCGAUCCUCUCUUCAACGACAACGACUACAGCGUUCAACAGCCAUCUGUCCGUGUCCCCAUCCCCGGACCACGGGAGUACCAGCCACAACCGGUGGAUUCCUAUGAAGAGCGCCACAGCGCCUUUGAGGGUCUCCGAGCAGAAGAAUGUGGAAUCCUGAACGGGUGUGAAAAUGGCCGCUGCGUUCGUGUACGAGAGGGUUACACCUGCGACUGCUUCGACGGUUACGAAUUUGAUCUAAACAAGAUGGCCUGUAUAGACAUAAACGAAUGUGAGGACAUCAGCGACAAGGUGCCCUUGUGUCAGAACGGGCAGUGCACCAACACGGAGGGAUCGUACAAGUGCACCUGUUUGCCGGGCUUCGUGGCCUCUGCCAAGCCACACAAAUGCAUCCCGGCGAUCCCAGAGUCCGAGCUCGGGGAGACAGGAAACUAAGACAGUGACUGUUGGAGCGCUGGCUUUUCCUGCUCCCUUAAAGAUCACCUUACACCCCUCUGCCCUUUUCCCCAAGGGCCUGGCACUAAACCUCCAACAGUAACGCUGAGACGUCCAAACUUUCCCUAUGUACCACUCACACAUACGCAGACAAAAAGCACACACACUUGCAUUCAGCACCGACACACAUGCAGACCCCCUCAUACACACUCAAGAGGACCAGGAAUUGUGCAGUGAAUGUAUUACAUGGGAUUUAGUAUUCAGCAGAUAUCCAUUUGCCUUAAAGGGAUUUGUGGACUGAUAUUUUUUAUUCAGUAACCCCUGGCAAUUUGAUAUGCCGACAUAUUUUCCGCAUUAUUUUCACUUUUUUCUUUUUAUUGUAUUAUUUAUUUCAUUUACAUGACGGGCCUCUGCAAACUAAGAAAGCAACCUAUUUCAGAGGGCAUACUUGAUUCCUCCCUUGUUUUAUUCGUCACGCCAAUUGACCUCAGAGACAGUGUGGGGAGUUAGUAAAUGUAUUUUGUAAAAGAAAGAAGGAACGUCAUAAGAAAUCAGCCACUCAUAAAUCAGCUUGUGCUUCACUGUCAAACCCUCUCACCAAUAUUAUCUCGCUCAGUCAUUGUAAUUAGCAUUGACCUUGGACUAAAUGGAUGCCAGGGAUGACAAACCAUCAGAAAUCCAAGCGAGAACUUUUCCCACAGCUGCCUUUGUAUUCUUCAAGAUUAACUAAGAGCUGAAGAAUCUCUGGACCAAGAACUGGGAAGUCAACACAGUCAGACCUACACAUUAAAAACGUCAGCCUUUACAUGGACCUGGAAAGACUGUAGAUGUAUAUGAUGAUCUAUGUAAUGUUUUGAAAAAGGUGCAAUAGGUAUAACCUGCCUUCCUCUGUUUGACACCACUUUUACAAUCUUAAUACCAGCAAUGAAAAACAUGGACUCUGAGUUGCUGAUCCCGAUUUCUUCUUUUUCUGUUUAACAGUAUUAACUUGUUUUAUACUUUUACUGUAAAAACCAUAUGUACCAUUGAUUCUAGGUUCUAGCCUAACUUCUGAAACCACAGGAAGGUAAAUUAGUUUAAAUGAUCCACAAGUGUCACUGCUUAAAGUGAAAGAUUGGUUUUAUGUACCAGUGUCACACAGGCAAAAGGAUUUUACAUUCAACUGCAAUGCAAUUGUAUCCCAGAUCUCACAUCAGACCAUUCCCAUGUGUGCAUCUCUGAAUGCAUGUAAAGACAAAGGCUUCGUUGGAGAGGUUUGGUAUAUUUUGUACAGAUCUAGUACUAUGUAUUAUUUUUGUUACAUAUUCUCUUAAUGCAUUAUAGCGCAACCAAUAUUUUGUCUGACAUAAAGCAUAAAAUGUAAGAAAAUCUGGCAUUAUAGCUUUGUAGAUUUAUACAUGUCUGUAAAAAUGUCUUUUAAAGCAUACCUUUUAAUGUAUGAGGAGAGUGGCUGACACUGUACCAGAGGAACUGUGUGUAUACCCUGCCCUGUGGAGCAGACAAUGAAAUAUAUUUUUUGGAAGUGGCAGCACUGUUCUAAUUACAGACAUUUCAAGUUUCAACUCUUCAAGUUCAUUACAGAGACAAUGCUUUUGAAAUGCAAGCACCAACUUCUGUGCAUCACACUUUUAUGGCUAGAUAUUAGUAUUGUUAACAUUAUUUCUUUUAGUCCCUGUUGGAUCCUUAAUGUCAUGAAUGUAUCGCAGACAGUAUCAGCCUACUCAUUUGGUUUCUAAACUCCCACUCAUACCUUUCUGUCUUUUGUAUCCAGGUUUUUAGAAAUAAUGGCAUUAUCUGUCUAAUGGACUGAACUUCUUUCAAGAAAUCUCAGCAGCACAGAAACAUAAAAGUCUAAUUCUAAUAUUAGAAGAUGACUAAAGUUGAUGACUUCUGCCCUUCCCAUUCCUUCAUAACCUAUAAACCUACAGGUGUACAAAUGUUUCAAUUUGAUGUUCACUUAUUUUACUGUGCUCUUUGAAUCAUCGCCUGAACCGGACCAGAGGUCUAACAUUUAGGACAAAGUUGGAAUAUUUAAAGCCUUUCAAAACCGCAAAUAACAUGAGAUAAAUGUCUUGUUGUAAAGUUGUGGUCAUUGGAAAUAUCAUGCUCAUUCAUUUUGUUUACCUCUUGACUGUAAUCACUAUCAGUCAUCGAAAUAAAAACUUAAAAAUA